GUCGUCUUCUUCAACUACAACAUGCACACGCAAGAGCAAGGAAAAUCUAUUAAUACGCACGCCCUCCUCCCUUCCCUCCCGUCCCUCCCAAGGCACAGCACCUAGCUAACCCCCCUCUCAGCAGCAGCAGCUCACACGCUCGCACCACGCAGCCGCACAGCCGCACAGCCGCACAGCCAAUAUACCCCCCCCGACGCAAGGGUCCUCGCACAACAUACACAUAUGUACACGCACGUAUGCAUACCAUCCACCCACCCACACACGCACAGAGACUCACGCAGCGCCCCUGCACCACCCACAUACACGCACGCUCAGACGCCCAACCGCAGCCCCCGCCGUGCCUGCUGUGCCCCGCCCUCCCGACUCCCGCGGGGCGUAGCGCGUACCUGCGUGCGUCUGAGUCUGCAGACGGCCGUGCGUCCGUCCGAGCAAGCAAGCAAGCAACGAAGGGCGGCGCGCACCCACUCACAGCAGGCAGGUGUCGUGCGCCACAGGACGAAGAGGACGAGGCCGAGGAUGGUACCAUGGUGACGAUGGGGUUAGGUGAGCGGGCGUAUGUAGGCGCCCACCCACCCAGCCAGCGUCCGGCGUGCGUCCGGCAGGUGUCCGGCCUACCGUACCUUUGUGCGCCGGACCUGUCAGGCGCGGUUUGGGUUAGUGUCGUCUGUCUGUCGUCUGUCUGUCGUUCGCCCUACCUGCGCUGCGCUGCGCUGCGGUUGCGUCGUUCUUGCGCCGAGCUUGUGUUCCUGAGUUCUGGUCGUUGGCUGGUUAGGUGCGUGGGUAGGUAGGUGGGAGGGAGUACGGAGCAGGCCCUGCUCGGCCGUCUGGUCCAGACAGAUGGACAGAGAGACGGACGGGUACGGGUCCUGCUACGUACGGCCAUACCUACACACAUACACCUACGCAUACAGCAGCCCCUCGGUCCCUCAACGCACAAGCGGCCGCCCGAAGCAGCGACGCGCGCACACACCCACCCACAUCGAUCCAUCCAUCCAUCCAUCCAUCCAUCCAUCCAU